ACAGCAGACAGCGCAUUGCGCAAAGCAGUGGAGUCGAGUGUGCAUGUUAUACGGUUAAACAUGUUAAAAAGUUUUUCUGAAAUUUUAGUUUUAUGUUGCAUUCGGUGCCCAAAUCAUUCUAUAAGAACUGAUAUAUUGAACUUUUCUCCGUCUUGAUUAAGUGGGAAAGUUAGAAAAUAAUUUAGUGAAUAUAAUUUAGUUUCAUUUUAAGUCGUCUGACAGCUUUGUGUAAAACCUGAUACACCAUGCCGAAAGGAAAGAAAAAAGGAAAAUACGAGCACAAGAGGACAGAGCAGUGCUACUCCUCAGAUGAGGAUGCCGGCAUAGACAUGACUAUCGACAACAUGUCAGAGACCUCAGGGCAGUCUGAUCUGAGGAGCAUUCACGAUGAAGCAGACGCAGAAAUCCAAGAGAAGUUCGAAGAGAAAGUGAUGGAAACCAUCGACGGGCUAGGCGCCCGUGCGAACGCUGCGCGCGCCGCCGCCUUUGUAUCACUGCGGGCGGCUCUCCAACGGAGAUAUCUGGCGCCAUUGCUGGCCAAUCAUAAAGCAACACUGGCGGAUCAUCUCACCAAGGCCAUUCGGCGAGGCAGGGAUGGGGAGAGGAAGGCAGCUGCGUCUCUUGCGCCUCUGUUAGCGCUACAGAUCGGUGAAGACGGCACAGAGGAGUAUAUAAAGGAAGUGCGGCCCGCGCUUGCCGCCUGCGCCGUGGACAAGACCGCCUCCAUCGAGACUCGCACAGAGUGUUGCCUGUCUUUAUCUGUGGUAUGCUACUUGCUCGAGGAAGACCUCUCCGAAAUCCUGGAGGUCAUGCGGAUGUACGAAACCAUCUUCAGUGGCAGCUAUCUUAAGGGCGACGGUUCCGUCAAGGUGUCGGGGCUAGCCGUGGAGCAGGGCGCGCUGCACGCGGCCGCGCUGGACGGCUGGGCGCUGCUGCUGUCGCUGCCGCCCGCCGAGCACACCGCCGCCUUGCUGCGGACCACGCCGCCCGGCCUGCCGAGACUCGCUGAUCUGCUGACCGCUGCUAGUCUAGAGGUGCGCAUGGCCGCAGGAGGGGCGCUCGCCAUCGCGUACGAGUGCAUCGCAGAAACGGAGGCGGGCGACGACGCGUCGGACUACGUGGACAGCCUGCUGCCGCGCCUCGACGAGCUGGCGCGCGACUCGCACAAGUUCCGCGCCAAGAAGGAGCGCAAGCUGCAGCGCGCUACCUUCCGCGACAUACUCAAGUACUUCGAGGAGGACACGGUCCCGGCGCUGUCGGUGCGCGUGGGCACGGAGAAGGUGGAAUGCGGCACCUGGUGGGCGCGCGCGGCGUACGGCGCGCUGGCCGCCACGCUGGGCGCCGGGCUGCAGGCGCUGGCGCCGCACUCGUCCGCGCUGCGCCACGCGCUCGGCCUGCCCGACACCUGCGCGACCCCGCUGCCCAAGAAGAAGCUCAACAAGCUGCAUCGGCAUCUCGCCAACAACGCCGCGGACAAGGCGCGGACGGUGGCGCGCGGCAAGAACCGCGACAAGCGCUCGGCGGCCCUCGUCAUGUGAAGUGAACCCGACGCUGCGCGUGCGCGUGCGCGUGCGCGUGCGCGGUGCAACACCCGACCCCGCCCGACUGCAUCGCGCGCACUGGUAUCUGGGUUACACAAUCCGCCUGCUCUAUCGCUAUACAUAUUUUUGUUUGUGAACCCUACUUUGGGACGAAUAAAGAGAAGACCCAUAGUCGAUACGACUCUGCUGUAACCGCUUAUACCAUGUGCUUAUUUAUCUCUCAAAUUGUCGAUUUGUUGUUGUUAGGUUUAGAUUAUUGCGGUUGUUUUACAUUUUGAAAGUAUCGUGAUUAAAAUGUUAAAUUACAUUCAUUGUUGAUUUGAUAUUGAGUUUGGUUGUAUAUUGGAAAGGAAAAUCAUUUUUUGUAGUUAAAAAUUAGUGUUAACGUGUAACCCACGUACCGCUAGGCGGUACAUGUAAAUUAUCCCAGUUAUGAUCGGGAAUAUUAUAGUUAUUUCUGGCUUAUUUAAGGUUCCAACUGCUAAAAAAAUCUUAGAUAUUUUUGUUUUGUUGAAAUAACGCUAGAGUAGUAAUUUAGUGUAGAACCAAAGAAAUUCGUCGGAUUUUAGUACGAAAAUUUAAAAACAAAAAUCGUUGGAACCUAUGUGCAUAGUCUGAUAUGUCUGGUGCUGGUUACCUUGUCAUUGUUCUGUCUAAUGAAAUUAUCAAGUAGAUUAGUUACACUGCUGAUCAUUUUCGAAGUUGGCUCAAUCACUCGUUCUGGACCUUGCUGCAUAUCAGAUUACUAUAAGCAUUAUAAAACAACAUCGACAUUUGUCAUCUAUUUAUUAUUUGUUUCGUUGUUUUAUUGUCCAUUGUAUAUUUUGUCUUUAAUAAUCAUCCAUUAGGUUUAGAUCUCAUUGAUGAAAUGAACAUCCAAACUUGUUUUUUAACAUUGAUUUCCGUGAAGGUGUUAUCAUAAAUCAUAUCAUUUUGUAUUAUAAUUUGCAUUGCUUAGCUACUUCUCGACUUGAGGCCGUGCUAAAGGCCAGCGCACACUAAGAUGAGGCGCGUCGCUUUCGUGCGUUCGGCUGUUUGCGCUGGCCCUAACUCGCUCCACUGCCCAAUGAUGCCACAUUUAAGCGGGAUACGUUACGUACUCUAAUUAUUUACAUUAUUUUAUAUCAUAGUAUAUUAAGGUUUUGAUUUGUUAUUAACAGUACUAUAAAUUAGCCAAUUUUAACAUAAUAUAUGAAAUGCUUUCGAUCGAGUGUAACUGUAGACUUCAAGUUGUGGAGUAAGGAGCGCUAUACAGCUUUUUAAUAGGUUCAUGUUUUAAUUGACAGCAAUAUAGCCUCUGAAUUGAGACGAGCUCUUGAGCUCACAACACCAACAACCAAAACAAAAAAACAAAUUAUUUUUAACCAACAAUGAAAUAGGAAUGCUACCAGAGGCAUGAAAAUUAAAGAGCUGGAUAACACCCGUUUUAUUUUAAAGUUCACAAUAUAUUUAUUAUUUACGACUUGUACAGUGCAUUUCAUGAGUGAUAAAUUGUCAAAUAAUGUAUAGUGCAAGUAUAAAACCAUUAUCUGUAAAUAUUAUUUUGAUUGGUAGUAGUAUGUAGGAAGUUGAAAUAAUAUUUA